AGAGAGAGAGAGAGAAGUGUACUAUGUAAACGUCCAAGUGCCGGCUAGUACUGGGUGUCUACUUUCUAUAUGGAUGUUUAAAAAGUGAAACAACACACGUGUUUGGUAUUCAGAGCGAUUAUAGCAGCUGUGUUUAAAAUCAUUGUAAAGGGGAAAUAGGACGUGUAGAUCAACCCACUAAACUAUAUGACUUUGCUUUAAAUUAUUGGCUCUAGUGUUGAUUAUGAUCUGAUUAAGAACAAUGACCACCCUAGUUCCAGAAUCUCAAGAGGUCGUGACCUGUGACCUUUGUUCCAAGGCGACUCACCAAUUCUGCAAUGACUGUCAGGUCGGUCUGUGUGUAGACUGUGUGGGUCACCAUGUUGACAAGUUCAAGUCUCUCACUCACGACAUGGUACCUUACGACGAAAGAAAAUCCCAGCUAGUUCUCUCUCCGUGCCCCACUCAUCAGGGGCAUAGAUGUGAAGCCCACUGCCAACAGUGUGACGUCCAUGUUUGUGUCAAGUGCAUUCUGGGUACUCAUAAGUCUCAUCCAGUUUUUGAAAUGGCAGAUGUGGUUCAGAAGAAGAAAGAAGAGAUUGCAAAGGAAAAUGAGCACAUUGAAUCGGUCAUCAUCCCGAAAUACAAGAAAGAAAAAGACGACAGUAAAGUGAAAAUUUCCGAGUCUGAGGUGAGGUGUGCGGAGCUGAAGAAAGAAGUGGAAAGUCAGCGAGAGCUCUGGCAUCACGAGGUGGAUGAAAUCUUUAAUAAGGUCUUAACAAAAAUCAAGUUCAUGACCGACAAACACAUUGCAGCAUUGAAGAUACACCAGUCCAAGCUCAGAAGUAUGAUCCCAAACAUCUACCACACGAUAGAACAGAACAACGAAAUCCUGAAGACCAAACACACUUCUACUGUCACUGACCACAAGUCCAAACUCCAUGAAUUUCAGGAAAUCCCCCCUGUCAUCGGGAUAACCAUUCAUGAAUUGACCACCGUCACGGACAAAGGGAGAGAACUCAUGAUAGAGCUAGGGGACUAUAGGGCCAGCCUGACUCAAAUGAUGCUUCCAAACACAGAAGAGGAUGACAAUGCUGAAAAUCUUACAGAACUGUCCGAGAAAGCUACUGUGUUGAGAAACAUUGCGACGGACAUAAAGAACAUGCGUGGUUUGGAGUGCGUUGGAACAAACGAAGCUUGGAUCAACGGUGAAGAUAAAAUGAUAAGGCGAGUGGAUGUGGAAGGUACUUUGAAGGAAUCUGUGACCAGUACUUGUCCAAUAGCUCCAAAUGACAUUGCCGUGACCAAGCAAGGAGAACUUCUUUACUGUGAUGGGCGAAACAGAGCGGUCAAUGUCGUCAAAAAUGGGAGGUCACAGGUUCUGUUAACCACCCCCUUAGGCUGGCACCCGGACGGACUCUGCUGUACCAGCUCGGGGGAUGUCCUCGUCAGCUUAGGAACCACUGAUUUCAAACGUCGAAAAAUCACCUGCUAUGAUUACGAGAGUAAAAAUGUAAAACUCGAAAUUGAGAAGGAUGAAGACGGGAAUGGGAUCUUCAAAGGAGGCGAGUUUGCUCUCUAUGUAGCAGAAAACAAAAAUGGCGACGUUUGUGCGUCGGAUCAAAACGCUGAUGUUGUGGUAGCGGUAAGUAUCUCUGGCAGAGUUCGAUUUCGUUACGACGGUUUGUCAGUGGAAGGGAUCGAUAAUUUUAGCCCUAGACAGAUAACCACCGACUCCCUGUCCCAGAUAAUCGUGACCGAUGCCCUGAACCACUGCCUUCACAUCCUGGACUCCAGGGGUCAGAUGUUGGGCUACAUCGAGGACGAAUCGUUGCUGAACCCCAGGGGACUGAGCCUUGACCGGGCGGGGCGACUGUGGGUGGGUCUCUCCUCAGGAGACAUCAAGAUCAUCCAGUAUUUACAGUAAUAGUGUAAUAUCAAGAUCAAUUAAUCAGUAUUUACAGUAAUACUGAUCAUUCAGCAUUUACAGUGAUAACGGUCGAAUAAUAUUUUUACAGUUAUAUUACAGUAAUACCAAGGUCAAUCGUAAUUUCUGGUAAUACUAGUAGUGUAAUACAUUUUUAAAGGUUAUUUACAGUAAUAGUGUAAUAUUAAGGUAAAUCAGUACUGGUAUUUACAGUAUAAAUCCUUGUAAUCAACAAGGUCACAGGGUUAUUUACUGUAAAUAAUAUCUGUUAAAAGUCAAUUGAGUGUGCUUAAACCUCGAAGAAGAAACUUUUUAAACAUAUUACAAUACUUUAAAUUAAACUUGAAAAAGUUGAAUGUUAGUAUAAUGUGUGUCUCCACUUGAAUUUUUAAUAGGUACAUGUACAUCCUUCCUACUUCCUGUUUUUAGUCAACUGAGGCAAUAUUUAAGCUGUGAUAACAGUCAAGAAUUUUAAAUUUCAGAUGAUAUUUUUUUUCCAUGGAGAGGGCAUUUUGUGGUACCUUUCUAUAUUAUAACUUUGAAUUUUCAAGUCCAACACCCCUGUCCUCCCUCCCCUCGACCCCCCCCCCCCCCCCCUUGCCAAAAAAAAAAUGCUAUCUGUUCCAGACAUGAAAUAUUUUCAAUAUUGCUUCUCAUAUGUCAUCUUUACUUGUACCAAAUAUGUUCCUGCAAGUUUUUACUUGUUAUUUUUCUGCUUUAGUGAAGUAUUAAAAAAAGCCGCCAAAAAUCCAUUAAAAUUCGAUCUCUGAACAUUCAGGAAGAAGAAGAAUUAUUUUCAUCUACUAUGAACAUGUUUUUCUUGAAACUUUACUCAUUGACAAUGGAAACUGUUGCAUCUUUGAAUCAAUAUGACACAUUAAUGGAUAAUGCCAUGAAAACUUGGGUUUGAAAAAUCUGUACUAGUCUCUUGUUCUAAUAGUAUAUGUACAUGACACUUUAGAACCAUUUUAACAAGAGCUUGGACUUUGGGUAGUUGUGUCAAACAGCAAUGUGAUGUAGGCCUGUCUAUUUCAUUGAUGGCCAGUUGGCCACCCAGCCAUGGCUCUUUGAAAUCUACAAGAUUUUUUCUUUGCAUAUUUCACUUAACAUCAGCGUCAUGUUUGAAAUAGUUACUUCCUUCCAAAAGUCCAAGGUUUUGUUAAAAUGGUUCUAGUCUAAUUGUUAAAUGUUAAAAUCAAAAUUAAAAAAAAAAAAGUUACUGUGCCAUCUUUGCCAAUCAUUAUUGAAUUUUUGUUUUGUAUACAUAUACACAGCUGUUAUUUAAAUAUAUGAUUAUUUAUUUUAUGUGCCAUAAUUCGUAUAUACACAGCUUGUAUUCAAACUGUAUUCAUUUGUUUAUUGACUGUGCCAUAUUUUAGAAUUUUUUGUUUUGUCUAUACAUGUACACAGCAGGUAUUCAAUGUUUAUGAGUCAAUGUUUUACAAAAUAAAAAAUGUAAACCAUGCAUCA